GUAAAAACAUUUUUGAGCCGAUCCAUAACAUAACCACUAAACCCAAUCCUCGGGACACUAUUUUCUGCUAUGAUAUGUUAAGGCUGGAAAAACGAUACGGCACCGUUUAGUGCGACUUAAACCGGGUCGUCAUCGAUCUGUUUUAAAACCUUUGCUCACCCUGAUCACCAGACAGACGGAACCGUCAUUCGGAGACGAAUGUCGGCGUUAAAGUCGGUGAACUGGCAAUGGGAGAACGCCACCGCCGGUGCUCUGGCCGGACUUGCUACCGUCUCUUUCUCUCACCCCCUCGAUGUCGUCCGCACUAGGUUUCAAGUUAGCGAUGGCCGAACCUCCAAUCUUCCCUCCUACAAGAACACUCAUCAAGCCGUCUGGACUAUAGCUCGUACAGAGGGUCUCAGAGGGCUUUACGCGGGUUUUUAUCCUGCAGUUCUUGGAUCAACUAUCUCAUGGGGUCUGUAUUUCUUCUUCUAUAGUAAAGCUAAACAAAGGUAUUCAAAAGGUGGUCAGGAGCUAACCCCAGGUCUUCAUCUCGCUUCAGCCGCAGAAGCAGGAGCUUUGGUCUGUUGUUGCACAAAUCCCCUUUGGCUUGUGAAAACAAGAUUGCAGCUUCAGACUCCUCUUCAUCAGGCACAUCCAUAUACAGGGUUCCACGAUGCUGUAAAAACCAUACUGAAAGAAGAAGGAUGGAGCGCAUUAUAUAAAGGGAUUGUGCCAGGUCUCUUUCUGCAGGUUACUCAUGGUGCUAUUCAGUUCACAGCAUACGAGGAGCUUCGGAAAGUUGUUGUUGGCUUUAGAUCUAAAGAAAGCGAAGAGGAGUUGAGUGCUGCUGAACUGCUGAAUACCAUUGACUAUGCUACACUGGGGGCAUCUUCUAAACUAACUGCUAUUCUUCUGACUUACCCGUUUCAGGUUAUUCGAUCUCGUUUACAGCAACGACCGAGUAAAGAUGGAAUUCCAAUAUACAUGGAUAGUUGGCAUGUCGUAAAGGAAACUGCAAGGUUUGAGGGUUUGCGGGGUUUCUACAAGGGCAUCACUGCAAAUAUGCUGAAAAAUAUCCCUGCAGCUUCAAUAACAUUUAUUGUGUACGAGAACGUCCUCAACAUGCUAAAAUUUACAAGAAGGAAUGAUUGAGAUUUUUUAUUCUUGUCUUUUGCAUUAAAAUUCUUUUGGAAGUGACUGUCAAAUUUAGAUUAUGAAUGUAAAAUGAAAAAUGGACAUGAAUGACGCGUAUAAAAAAGUUUUAACUGCAUAAUGUAAAGCACAUUCAUUCAUAGCCUACUUUGUUCAACUAGAUGGUGGUGCUAGCUGUGCCUUCAUCUUCAUUGCCUGAAUGACAAUCUUUGAACGUUUUCUUU